AUGAAAUUGAUUCACAUUGAAAAUCUCGAUAUUCAAGAGUUCUUUCACACUCUACCGCUAUAUGCGAUUCUGUCGCAUACAUGGGAGAAAGAUGAAGUGACAUUUCACGACGUCAGUCAGAAACGGGUCGACGGCAAGGCCGGCUGGAUUAAGAUCACCAGCUUCUACAAGUCGAGCAGCGAGGAGCUCUCGGAAGGCAUCAACUCUAUGUUCCGAUAUUACCAAGAGGUAGUGUCCUGCUUCGUAUACCUCGCCGAUGUAGGCUACCCCGAUCCCAGCAAGCCCGUCGACACGUCUUUUGAGAGAUCUAGGUGGUUCACCCGAGGUUGGACACCACAGGAGCUGAUUGCUGCCACCAAUUUGGUAUUUUUCGACAAGGAGUGGCACCGCAUCGAAACGAAAGAUGUCCUGGGCCUCGUCGCGAGAGACGACACGGCGGAAGAUAUCGCCUAUUGUCUUCUCGGCCUAUUCAACGUGCAUAUGCCUCUACUUUACGGAGAAGGCCCAAGGGCGUUUAUACGUCUUCAAGAGGAGAUUCUCAGACAAAGUGACGACUAUUCUCUCUUUGCAUGGGACGCUUCUCAGGUAGAGGAAAACAUCGCCCAUAUUGGCGUUCUCGCUACCCAUCCUAAGUUCUUCAAAGACUCAGGCAGCAUCGAGGCCUACCCAGUCGCUGGUCCUAUAUCCAUAUCGAACCUAGGAAUCCACGCUCAACUGUCCUUCAAAAAGAACGCUACGGGCCAAACUCUGGUACAUCUGCCAUGCGGCUUUGCAGGAGACGUCGACUCUGUUGCUGUGCUUGGUCUGAAUAUUUUCCAAGCAGAGCCUGUCAUACUCAGCAGAGCCAGGUCAACAUUUCGGGUUUCGUCUACCAGCGAAAUACUUCGCCCCGAGCACCAUAGCGAGUUUUAUCUCCUCAGAACAAGUCGGGCAGUCCAGAGCAUGUGA